AUGGUCGGGAUCCCGGGGAAAUCAAAGGCUUGUAGGGACUGCAAGAGGCGUCGUGUCAAGUGCGACUUGACAUUGCCAUCGUGCAUUAGAUGCAUCAAGGCCGGAAUUGCAUGCAAGGGCUAUGAGCAGGCGAUGCUCUGGGUCAACAGCACUCCGGACCAUCCUAAUGUCACUGCCAUCUCUCUCCGUGACCAGCUCUCCCAGCCAGGCUACGACACUUCAUACUUUAGAUCUCAGGCUCUGCGCAUUCUUCAAGGCAUCUAUCUCCCUCAACCACGCAUCGCGGCAUGCGACGAAAAUGGCGACCCAACGCCCUCGUCCUGGAUCAGAGCCGUGUGCCAGAUGAAGGCUCCAAGUAGCGCUCUCGACCACUCUCUUCUCGCCUUUUGUGCCGUCCAGGUUCGCUUGUCCGGUGACUCGUGCUUGUCUCAGGACGAGACGGGCCAAGUUUACAACCACGCGCUUAGCAAGCUCAUUGAAGACUUGGACUCUCGGCAGCCGAGGAGUAGUGACGAGAUGCUGGCUGCCAUCGUGGCCUUGUCAACAUGUGAGCUGUUUGUUUUCCCCACGGACUCAAGCUGGAGUGCCCAUGCGCAGGGUAUAUCCGAACUCCUUCGCAACCGUGGCGUGCCAGAGCAGGCCACGGCGAACUGGAGAAGCUUAUGCGUGCGAUUGUGUAUAAUAUGCGUUAUUCAAGGGUUGGGGCAAAGACGUUCUCUCGGUCUCGAACCAGAUAGAUGGCGUCGUUUAAUCGGCCCUUCCGGUGCCGACGACUCCUUCGUCCGAAUGAUGCAUAUAGUCGUCGAGGUCCCCUCUAUGCUGCAAGAAGCACAUGCAAUCCUUUCAAGCGGCAACAACCCCUUGGCUGCCUCGCAGCACAGCGCCCGCCUCGCACAAAAGUUUGAAGAGCUCGACACUUGGAGACAACUUCGCCAACGCAGAGUAGCACCUGACCCCUUGUACUGGACCGUCAUGUCCAGGAUGGAUAACCCGGCCGACGAGGGUUACGCAGAUAAGCUGUUUCCGUUUGCGCUGAUGUUUUCGUCUAUGGGGAGCGCGAUUCAAUGGAUAUUUUGCUCGACUGUUAUGCUGCAUGUCGUCGAGGCAGCCUUGCUCCUUGAAGCGUUGGAAUUUACCACACCAAACCGUACUGGCACCAUAUCUUCACCACCGUCAGACAACAUCUCAAUGCUGGCAGAGGCAGAUGGGCUGGCUCGCAUGCUCUGCCAGAGCAUCGAGUUCUGCUACCGCAACGACAACGGCCUCUUUGGACCGCAAGCGACGUGCUCUACGCAGUGGACCCUGCGUAGAUACUUUCGUCGCCGCGGGCUCGUCAGGGAGUUGGAAUGGUGCCGGAGGAUCAAGGAUGUAAAGGGCCCGGCGUCAAGGUGCGGUAUCGAUUUAAUGCAAUUUGGGCCUGACUGGUAA